AAGAAAUUCCCGAAGACAGUGUAAUCUGGAGUGAAGACCCGUUCAUCACAAUUCACGAUUACAAGUCACCAAAAUGCAAUAAUUGUGCACGAAAACUAAAAAGUCCUGAGCACCCAGAGUCCCCGCCGAUUUUUCAUUGUCAAAAUAAUCAUUCGUGCGCAGAGGUUUUUUGUUGCUAUCAAUGUUAUAACAUCGCCAUGUCCAAAUAUCACGUCUCAUUGUGUGGAAAAAGUCUCUCGUCAAUACUCUCGAUUCUCGAUCGCCACAAGUCCAACAGCAGCGAUCCGCUACCGUUUUUUAUUUUAAAAUUAUUCUCUAUCGCAAAGACGAGUAAUAUCCACCCAUUAGAUAUCCCGCAGAUCCAGGAUCUCGCCCAAUACAGACCACCUAAGAAAUCCGAAAACUCGUUUCUCCCGGAGUACUACUUUGAACUCUACUUUGAGACGCUUCGGAUCCUCGAUAUUUCCUUGUAUGACGUGAAAUUUGAUUUUUGGGUGUAUGUCACGUUGACAUGUAAAGUGCAAGUAAACUUAUUUGGAAAUGAUGAUAUGGCGUGUCUAUUUCAUUACACGUCGUUGAUUAACCAUUCUUGCAUGCCAAAUGUGUUUCCGGACGUCUAUUCCUCAAGAGAUGGUGAUCCGGUGUUGGUGGAUUACGAAUUUCGGGAAAAUAAUAUGGACUUGGUGGCGGUGAGGGAUAUUAGGCGCGGCGAGGAGAUCGUUUUGAGGUAUUGCGAUCCAAUGUUGGAAAAAUGGGAGAGGGCGAUGCAUUUGAUUCCC